ACGUCCCGCCCCCGCCCCCAAUUCCCACACCAACCCCCGCUCCGGCCGAGAAUUAAAGCGCCGUCCCCGGCAAGCAACUCCGGCGACCCCCAGCACCCACCUCCUCCUCCCGCCGCCCCCGCAGCCACCUCCUCCCCCCGCCUCCGGAGAUCAACCUCGCGGAACACGUCCGCGCGGUCGAUUCCUGCUCUAUCUCGGCGAGGGUUGCUCGUACCGCCGUGAUUCGCUCCUGCCUGCAGAGCCCGCCGCGCAGAUGGAGCGCGGGCGGGGCGGGAGGGACGGGCCCUUCGGCGCGGGCGACCCCUUCGCCGGAUUCGGCCGCCUGGGGGGCGCCGCCCCGAUGCCCGGCCUCUUCGGCGGGGGCAGGGACCCCUUCGACGACCCCUUCUUCACGCAGCCCUUCGUGGGCAGCAGGAUGUUCGGCCCCGGAAUGUUCGGGCCGGGGCCUAUGUUCGGCCCGAUGGGCGGCCCUGGCAUGUUCGGCGCGUUCGGGCCCGGGGACGGGUUCCUCGAGCAAGCUCCUCCCGCGAGGAGCGGUGCUGGAGGGGGCCCUGUCAUCACGGAGAUUGAUGAGGACGAAGAGGGGGGCGAUGGGGACGGGCAGGCGAACCGCGGGGCAUAUGUUCAGGAGCCGGAUGAUGGGAGUGAUGGGAUGCAAGGGGGGCAGGUCCAGAUGAGGCGAGAUCCCAGCAGGGCGAACGGGGGCGGCCAGCCGCGGUCGCGUUCGUUCACCUACCAGAGCUCCACGGUGACUUAUGGUGGGAUUAAUGGAGCCUACUACACAGCUUCCAAGACCCGGAGGAGCGGCAGCGAUGGGAUCACUGUCGAAGAAAGCAAGGAGGCAGAUACUACGACUAAAGAGGCCACUCACAGGAUCUCCAGGGGAAUUCAUGAUAAGGGACACUCAGUAACAAGGAAGCUGAAAUCAGAUGGGAAGGUGGACAGUACACAGAUACUGCACAAUCUCAAUGAAGAUGAGUUACCUGGAUUUGAAGAAUCAUGGAAGGGCAGUGCUGGACAACACUUACCAGGCUGGAACCAGAAUGCCGGUAUAUCUAAUGGUGACAACUCUGGUAACCGUGGUGCCAACGGUACCAGGCAGCCUGCACAGAACUGGGCGCUCCCCGGAAUGCAGCAACAGCGCGAUCCAAGGAGGCACGACAACGGGCAGCCAAAGCCGAAGUCAUCGCGGAUCAUCCCAAUCUCCUGAAGGGUGAAGAGAGGCCUGAGGAGGCGCGAUGGGCGGGUCAAAAUCACAUCUCGUGCAGAGGGAAUGGCCGAAUCCACGGAGCAGAUGAAUAAAGCGCUGCUGGUUUGUGCAAGCAGUUCAGCUCCCGGUGUACGUUCCUCUCCUCUAGCUAGAUACGAGUAGGAAGCUAAACUGAACGUGAUGGAGGCCUGGAGGUCCGGAUGCGAUCUGCUAUGUGCUACCGCUGCGUCGCGCCCUGUACCGUGAAUACAUUCUGUGAUUUGAGUCUAUUGUGUUACUGUCUGAUCUGUCUGUAAAGAUACGCUGUUAUCCCUACUGUCUGUAAUGCCCCUUGGUGUCGGGUUACACGAAUAACCCUAGAAUAAUAGAAGCUAUGUUCUGGACCUCUGGUUGCUUAAUAAAACUGGUAUUUUCUA